AUGCCAGUGAUCAUCUACCGUGUGUGUGUGCAUAUAGAGAUGGACACGCCAAAGCGAAUCGUGGCGGAGCGCGACUUCAGCAACAUUCGUCUCUUGGCAAAUUGCUACGUGCUACGUCUGAUAGUAGUCAGUACCUUGAAGAUUCAACUAGACUACUUACUUCCACAAGAACACAAGGACGACGACGACAACCACAGCAAGCUGCUGCUUCCUAGGAACCAGCUGGGGUGUCCCUUCCACGCGCUUGGCAGCGCAUUAGUCGUACGAUCUCCAGGGAAUGGGUGUCAUGACGACGAGCUGUUCUUUCUACGUGCACACGACGAAGAACUCGCAUUCCAAGUUGUCACAAGGAUGACAACGAGCAUCGAGUGUCUUUUCUCCACGCACAAGGUCACGACGUACGACAGCAAUCUGGCGAAACGAAUGGCAUGGGACUUCUUCAUUGGCAAAAUGGCAGGUGUUUGA